AUUAUCCAUUAAUGAGAGACCAGAGCAGUGCGCCAACACCAGGCAUCAAAGCUGUCAGCCUCUCAGAUAUCACCUUGGCGUGGCACUAGAGCAACGAGUGAGGGAUCAACAAGGAGAUGAAAGAUCACAUCAUUACCACAGCACCUGGAUUACUUUUUUUGUCACCAUAAAGGAAUAGAAGAACAACAGAUUCGAGAGAGAAGUGACGUAAGGCAGAAAGCUGUCACUUUCCAAUAGACGCAUCAUGAGGAGACGUAGUCAAAGUGUCCAAGAGCUGUUUGAUAAAGAAAAGAAUCUAACCCAAAGUAGGCCAGGGAAGAGGACACCUUCAUACUUCCACAGACCUGCCCUGGACAGUGUUAUCACCAGCAAAGGUGGUCUCUUUCUGCUAAAUGGACCUAAUGCUAUUGAGCUUCAUAAGCCCAGGAAAUUGAGCCAGCUGGUGAACGGAGCCCAGCUGACUGAUGUUUACCUGCCAGCCAUCAUAGAAAAGACGUCAAACCCGCAAGCAGCGACAGUAAAUCUCAGCCAUUCUUGUCCACAUGUGUACGGCAGCAGACGCCGCAGAUCCACCUCGUCCGUCAUCUCACAAAGAGCCUCAGACUUCAGUGUUAAAACGAACUAUCUAAAGGAACAAAAAGAGUCAAGGAAGUCUAAUGUCUUAGUGACAAUGCUAUACCUGGGCCAGGGAAAAACUGGGACCACCCAAGAUGACAUGAAAGUGCUCCAGCAGAAAUGUGGAGGGGAGAACAUCUGUGUCUUUAAAGGAUCUGUUCAGCCUGGAGAGCAGUUCCAGUUUAUUUCUCAGAGACACCUUGGAUAUCCAUUCAGUGCCACUUUCUACGUCAAUGGAAUAAUGGCUGGUAGAAUAAGCUCAUGCUGUGAGUAUCGUUACACCCCAGGCUUUCAGCAAGGCCGCAAAAGCUGUUUUAGACUAAUCCGACUGAGUGGCGGGAAACCCUGCUUUAAGUAAGUGCUCUCUAUCAUGCUUUAGAUAUACUGUUCUCUUUGUCUCUUAUAAUACUUGAAUUUUCUGCUCUUUCGGGAAUAUUCUUGCUCUAAGCCUGUAAUGUUUGUCAAUAACCUGAACUCUUGUAUUUCUGUCCACUGUGUUGAAAUUUUGGGUAACUGUGGGUACAUCAAACAUCAAAAAACUGUGAUUCAUUUUAUUAGUAGUAUUAUUAUUAUUGUUGUUGUUUUUGUUGUUAAAUUGAGUUGCUAACAAAGCUGAGAUGAAGUUAAGUCAUAUUAAAGCUAAAGUUGAGGUCGGGUUGAGUUGCAGUGAGUUGAAGUUGCGUGUUGUGUAUUGAAGUGUGUUCAGAUUUCACAUGAGGUUUAAGCUGAUGUUGAAGGUCAGUUGAUUUUAGGGGUUGAGCUGAACUUAAGUUGAGUUGUGAGGUAUUAGUUGAUGUUGAAGGUGAAUUAGAAUUAGUUGAUGUUGAGUGUUUUGUUUGUUUGAAUCAACCUGAGGACAAAACUGGAGUUAGUUGGGUUAGCUUGGGGUGAGUUGAGUUAAAGUUGAAAUUGAGCUGAAGUUAACCAGUAAUGUUGAAGUUGAUUUUGAGAUUAGAUUGAACUUGAGUUGAGUUGAAGUUGACUUGGCUUUACUUUGGCUUGAGUUAAACUGAGUUGGAUUUGGGUGGAAGUUGACAUUGUUGAGGCCGAGCUGAACUGAGCUGAACUGGAGUUGAAUUUAGUUUAAAUUGCAUUUUAGUGGCUUUAAAGAUUGAUGUUAGACUUGACCUGAUGUUAUAGUUUAUUUGAAGUCACAUUGAGAUAAACUGAGAUGAGUUGAAGCUUGAUAUUUCCAUUUCCUUUUAUUCCAGAUGUGUGAAUUCUCGACAUGGUAUUGGCAAUGAACCAGAUAAUAUUAUUCAUCACAGUGUCCACACCAUUAAAUCUCAUGAAGGUGAUAUGGAGUCUUGCUGUUCUUCCCCUUUGUUUAUCCCUGCUGGAAUGGAGAAAUCUUUACAUAGAACAAGAAAGCUUCCCAAAGAUGCCAGCAAGGUGCUAACAGAUAGUGAAGAUAUGAAUGACAGCAGAACAGACAGAAAACGACACAAGCGACAGAAGAGGCGUUGUGGCCGGCAAAAAGAUAGCAAGGGCUCUGAGGCAUCUCAAGACAAAAGAGACAACAGAGAGGAUGAAACCAAAUCAACUGUCUCGAAUAGUCCAAUACCUCUUCUGGAAAAAUCAAAGAAUGUGAAGGAACCUGACAAAGAGAAGCCAACAACUAGCAAUAAAGACAAAAACCUAGAUUUAUUACAGGACAGAGAAGCCCUGAGUAAGCAAAUUGGAAAGAAAAAGCUAGAUCCUUGGGAAUCAAAUGGCAAAAGCAGAAACGGGGAUAGACUGAGAGACUUCUAUGAAGAAUGUGUUGAAAUGAGCACUGGUCUGGAAUCAGGCCUAGAACAACACAAGUGGUUCAAAGCAAACAAAAUUGAGAGGAAUAAGCUUAGAGAUCAGCUCACUUUGGGUCCCCAUCCUAAUGACUCAGCUACUGAGCUGGAACUCAGUGAAGAGAGUGAUAACAAUGCUGUCUAUUCAAAGUCAGGGAAGCCCAGGAAUGAUAUUAAAAGCCAAGAAAUCCCAGAGAAAGACAUGCUUGAGAAAAAUCAAGAAUUGAAAAAAAAGCUUGAUGCCAUGAUGGAGGUGUUGAAUACGUCUGAUGAGGUGGAGCUGGUGCUGAGAAAUACAGGAGUGACAGAUGAACUGCUAAUGAGUUUUGUGGCAGCGCUGAAGAACAGUCUAUCUGAGGUUACUUUGGUCAACCUUAAUCUCAAUAAUAUUGGACCUCCAGGAGUUCAUGUACUACUGGACCUUCUGCAGGCCAAAUCAGAGAUCAGGGCACUACUUUUGUUUGGAAAUCAUCUAGGUGAUGUGGGAGUUCAGAUCCUGCUUAGUGGUGUGACUGAUCUUCAAGAAAAAACAGCAGCAUCACCAAAAAUGCCAGCAUAUCCAAGACAAUUCUUCCUUUCUCAGCCAAGCUUUGCACUCACAGAGUUGGACUUGGGUGGAAAUGGGAUUGGCAGUGAUGGACUGAGAAUAUUAGGUACCUUCAUAAGGUAUCACUCUCAGUUGCAGUACCUGGGCCUUGCCCAAACAUGUUGCUCUAGCAUGGAGGCCUGGUAUGUCUUUUUUGAAAGUCUGAAGGUAAACAGUAAACUAACCCACAUCAUUCUAGAUGAGAACAACCUAGGAGACCAAGGGGUCAAACAAUUUGCUGAGGCUCUGCAAAUCAAUGAAAGCUUGCGCAAAAUAGACUUGGACCAUAAUAAUUUUGGUGAGGUUGGAGGAAAUGCUCUUUUUGAGGCACUCUCUAGCAACCAGUGUUCUCUUGAGCACUUAAGCUUGGAGGAAAACUUUAUCAGUACAGCACUGAUGAGCAAAUUUCAGCAAAUAGUUAAGACUAACGAUGUACAUAGUACUUUAAAAGCUUAGACCUGGAAAUUGUACUGUAAAUGCUGUAAAGCAAACUGUAAAUGAAUCGAUUUCCGAGUCUGACCAAAACGGGAAGCUGAGUAACUUUGUGACCUGCAUGUGGCCGACUUCCAACAAUUCCAAAUGAAUUGCUUUAUUCAGAGUUCCAUCUGCUUGGCUGUUCAAUAUAAACUUGGCACUUGAACAUGAAAGUUCAGAGAAAUAUUUGUCUCAGCUCUUGAGUGGGGUUCUUGAGUCCUUCUCGGUUGGAGGCUCAUAUUAACAUAACUUUGAACUUAAUGUGUCUGUAAUCCUACAACAGUGAAAUUUUAUAAAAAGUUUUUGAGACCCCAUUCAGUUGAAUUCAGAGUUUAUCUCACAGUACCAAGUAUUGGGUUCAUGAUCAUUAUACUCUUUAGGUUUCUGUAAGGGACACAACAUGGAUAGUGCAUAUUUACUCUCUUUCCUAAUUUGUACUUAUCCUUAUUGAAUAAAAUUGCACAAACCUAAAGCUAAUAUGUAUUAAUAGUACAUAUAUCAAAUAUUUGGAGGAAAAGUCCUUUAAGGUGUCAUUGUUAUAAUAAAAAUAAUAUAUAAUGUAUAGUCAGUGAUUAUUGAAAAACAAUACACAAAUAUUAUUGGGUUUCCUCCAAAUCCUCCAGUUUCCUCUCACCUCUGAAAAAGUUUUAGACUAGCCCAGUUUGCAUCUAUAUGUAAAGUAGUAUGUAAAUGUGAAUGUGUGUGUCCCGGUGCUUUGUGAUGGACUGGUGUCUCAUCCAGGGUGCAUUCCGACCUCAUGCCCAGUGUUCUUGGGGUAGGGUCCAGCUGUGUUAGCAUUCCCAGCUGUUUCAUUGUAUCUCUCCACUACUGCUGAUGAGCCAAAUACAUAUCCAUAGGGUUCAACAGUGAGACCUGUCGUCCCAGGAGGGAUCCUUCCUGCUUGUCCAGAGCAAAUGGCUGCUCUUUUAAGCAGCUCUGAAAAUGGUUUUGAUGGCUUGCCAAUGAGCCUGCUCUUGUAGUACAAAAGUGCACACAUUAAAUUCAGUACAAUAAACAAUAAAUACAAAAAAAGUCUACAUACAAUAUAAUAAACAUAGUUAACAGAAUGCAUAAAUAAAUUAGACAUUCAACAGUAUCUGGUAGAAGCUUGUUGAGAAGAGUGACCAGCUAUUGGGAGAAACAAUUCUGUUUCUGAUGGAGCAGUACCAUUUAUUGGAUAUUUGGAAAUAUGUAGAGAUUUCAUAAAAUAAGGAUAAAAUCAUAAAAACACAUAACUUAGCCAACGGCAGUUAGACAGACACGGUCACAAUGGUGAAGGAGCAAAGGAAAAUUAAUAAUGACUACGAAAGAGACAAAAGAGAGAAAAAAAACAGAGAGAGUCUGACUCAACUGCAGUCCUUAAGGACCUGGAGAGAUGAGAAAAUAUAAUGCAUAAAUACUUUGAAUGAACAGAAAAGACAUAACAUAAGAGAAAGGCUAGGAAGUUGUCACAAGAAUAUCAAAAGGAAGCAAAGGAAGGAAGAGAGCACAGGAACAAUUUUCUGAGGAAACAAAUAUAAGUAUAUAAAUAAAUAAAAGAAACAAAAGGGCCCAAAUGAAAGAAACCUCCCACAGGAUUCACCUCAUGCAGAGGCUGAGAAAAUGUUACUCUCGGAAUCCUAUUAAUCCUGACAACAGUAAAAUGUCAAAGAAUGAUUCUGUUAGAUGUAAUGAAAUCACUUCAUCAAAGAGAGCCAAAAAAAGGAUGGUCUUAUUCUUUUUCCUGUGUAUGAUGUCUGUGUAAAGCCUCAGACAGGAAUACAUGCCUCUGUCAGUACCAAGAAAAUGCAGAAUUCAGGUUUCAGGAUGUAAAUCAUUUGAUAUUAUUACUAGCAGCCAAUGUGAGGACAGUUGUCACUAAUAUCUUUCAAUAAUCUUUUCUUUUUCUUUUUUAAUAGAGGCUUAUAGUUCUGAUAUCAUGCUAUAGAAGUCUUCACAAAAAUACAUUUUUACCCCAGACCCAAGUUUAAAACCCAGGUUUAACGGAAACAAUGGGAAUGUGUUAAGGGUCAGCUUAUGAAACUCACUAGAAUAGACUUGAGAUAUAUUUUAAAAGGUAUUUCCCCAAAUACAAACAUACCAAUAGUCUAAUUUAAACCACUGUUACCCCAAGCAGGCAGUUACUGUGACAUCCAUGUUAAUGAACAUGGUCUUUGUUUGUCCUUCAAGCUUCACAUCUGGCAGCUCACUCAUGUCCACAAGAAAUUAAAAACCUCCUGUUUUAUCUUGUGGGAUCCCACUCCCAUUCUCUAGUCUCAACCAGAUGCUAUGUGAACCUACAGACAAGCUUUCUAAACAAACUCAAUAGUAAUAUCUGCACUUGCAUCUGUCAAAGUCAACUUUUAUGGAGAUUUGUGAUUCUUUUAUUCUUAUUUUCAUGUAAUGUAAUUUUAAUGUAAUGCCAGUUUUUAGCAUGCCUCUUGUACGUAAUAAAUAAAUAAAAAAAGUAAAAAACUAAGCCGUUCAAGUUCAAAGUAUAAAGUGUUGUGUCAGCUCCCUUUGCUCUAUCUUUCUUUGGCUCGCAGCCUCUACUGAAAGGAAAACACACAUACAGAUGUAAGUAGGCUGCCAGUAAUAAAACAACAGGUGAGAACAAUCACGUUACCUGCUUGUUCCACCCGCCUUUUACUUUCUGGCCGCAGCCAGUGUUUGACCCCUCUGACUCACAUCCCCACUGCUCAAUUCACACAAGCGAGCUGUCUCUCCCUAACAUUUAGACCUGAGUAUAUUUGUGAACAUUCCUGUGAAAGGACUCACCGACUGUGCGAUCGGCAAUUUCUUGCAAUGAGUCAGACCACCAUAAUACUGAUCCAGCUAAAACUGUUAGUGAAGAUGAAUGUAUAUUGACUUUCCAUAUGAUAUACAGUGGUCUAGUUUUAUAGCAUACAUGUUUUUAAUAUUAUAUGGUUAUUCACAUUCAGGAAAUUCUGAAUGAUGAUUGUUUGAAUGAUUAAAAUACACUUUCCUGUCUCAUGUAUUUCAGGCCACUACAAUCCCUGUGUUGUUGUUUUUUA